AAAGAAACAGACAGUUUCAGUCUAGCCCUCGCUCGUUCGUUUAGUCUCAAAUCGCAAGUCGCAGCUCCUCUCUCCUGUCUCCACUCCAACUCUCCUCUGUGGCCUUUGACUGUGACCCCAGCUCUCCACUCCAGCCGUCGUGACUCGCUAGUUCUCACCCUCCUCUUCCGUUCCUGUCGCGCCGGGCACCCAGAGUCGCCUAUCAAUCUCUUGAUCCCUCUGACCUUUCGUCUCUCGAUCUCUCCUUGUCUCAUCCCUCUCGAUCCCUCCGUGAUCACAGCUCUCCGGAAAUCCAGGAUCACAUUCUCAUGGCCCAAAUCAUUCUGCUAAUUAUUGAGAUUCUGCCACAAGUUCUCAUUACAGCCUACUAGACUCACUCCUGGGAAGGUACGACUGAGAUUGAAGAAUUGGAAGGCUUGUUCUCUUUCCUUAGCUGGCCAUAAUACAUUAAUUAAAUAUGUGGUUUCUGCUACUUCUUCAUAUGCUAUAUAAACUUCUUUACUUAUAGGUAGUAGUUGUAAUCUAUGGAAUCAAAUACCCAAUUUUGUUUUUCUUUUUGCUGUAUUGGAACUGUUUUCUGAUAUAUAUAUAUAUAUAUAUAUUUUUUUUUUUCAGUUUUGAUUUGCUUGCUUCGAAUCUAUACUUAACUAAUAUCCACUAUUUGAAAACUCAUGUUAAAGAAUUUUGUAAAAUUGAAACUUUUUACUAUGUUUGUCUGUGAUGGAGUAUAUAUUUAUUUUGGAUUGUAUUAAUGUAUUUUAAAUUUGUAUUGUGUUUUUUAAUUAUUUAGGAGUAGUUUUAUUGUUAUUUUGGAUAAUUCGUUUUUAAAGAGAAAAUAUGAUUUUUUUUUCCGUAAAAAAACAAAGAAAAGGGGUGAAUUUGUAAUUUUUGAAAUUGGAAAAAUAAUAUUUAAAAAUAUUUUUCAUUGGUGGGUUAGCCUGCUGGUUGGCGAGUCACCAACUCGCCAAGAUGCUGGUUAUGCUAGCCUGCCCCACACCUGCAAGCUGGCCCAUAUUAGCACCUCUAUUUAUAAAAGAUAACAAGGAACAAUAAAACAGCCCUUUGAUAUUUCGUAAUCUAUAUUUUAUACAUAAUAUAAACUUUCCAACAAAUUCACGAUGGAUACUGAGAUUUAGUUUUCAUUCUUCCUGCAACUCACUAAUUUUGGGUAAAAACUAUUCUUCAAACCAAAACUUCUUUGAGAAAACAACAACAACAACAACAACAACAACAACAAUAAUUCAAAGAAAGUCAACUCAAUAAAAUAAUAUCAGAUUAGUUAGAUUAAUACCCUUUGACCUUAAUAUUCUGUAAGAACCAUGAAGAUUGAUCCAUGAGUAUUUCGAAUAAACAUAAUAAAAUCAAUAAAUCAUAAGAAAAGAAGAAAUUCAUUUCAGAGUUAAAGUAAAAAAAAUGAAUGAAAGUUUGUGUUUAAAAAAUAAACUCUGGACUAGUAAUUAAUAAUUAGUAAGUAAUGAUAAAUAGCUUACUCUUUUUUUUCCAUCAAAUGAUAAAUACUUUACUCAAAACCAUAAGAUUAUUUGAUUAAAAAAAAAAUACCAUUAGAUUAUUUGCUUGCUCCCCCCCCCCCCAUUAAUGUUCAAGCUGGCUGGACCUAGCCAUGAAGAGAGCCCAAGCAGGAGCUUAUUCAGCGUCACUUCUGCAUUUCAAAUGACCUGUAUCUCGCAAUUAGCAGACAAGCUAAAUUUCAACUCUCUUUCUUCCUCUUCCAUUCCCUAUUUUAUUUUUUAUCAAAUUAAGCUUGAUUGCCCAGAAUACUUAGCAGGUUCUUGGAACACUAACUUUGGGAGUAUUCUUGGUGAAAGGACUUUUUUUAAAGUAAAAACCAUGGGCAAGGCUUCAAGGGAUAAGAGGGAUAUCUACUACAGGAAAGCAAAAGAAGAAGGUUGGCGUGCUAGAAGUGCAUUUAAGCUUCUUCAAAUAGAUGAGGAAUUCAACAUAUUUGAAGGAGUGAAACGGCUGGUAGAUCUAUGUGCUGCCCCUGGUAGCUGGAGUCAGGUUUUGAGUCGUAAGCUGUAUCUCCCUGCAAAACUUGCAUCUGAUACAAAGGAUGGUGAUCUUCCUCUUAUAGUUGCUAUUGAUCUACAGCCAAUGGCUCCAAUUGAAGGUGUUAUUCAGGUGCAGGGUGAUAUAACUAAUGCCCGUACAGCCGAAGUGGUCAUUAGGCAUUUCGAUGGUUGCAAGGCUGACCUGGUUGUGUGUGAUGGUGCUCCAGAUGUCACAGGUCUUCAUGACAUGGAUGAAUUUGUUCAGUCUCAACUGAUACUAGCAGGUUUAACAAUUGUUACUCAUGUACUCAAGGAGGGAGGCAAGUUUAUUGCGAAGAUAUUUAGAGGAAAAGACACAAGCCUCCUAUACUGUCAGCUGAAGUUAUUUUUCCCUGUAGUGACUUUUGCAAAGCCAAAAAGCAGUCGAAAUUCUAGCAUAGAGGCAUUUGCAGUUUGCGAAAACUAUUCCCCUCCUGAAGGAUUCAAUCCCAAAGAUUUGCAUCGCCUUCUAGAGAAGGUUGGAAGUCCCUCAGGGGCGGAUGAUAUAGAUUGUUGUAGUGGGUGGUUGGAAGGACCAAACAAGGUUUAUAUUCCGUUUUUAGCUUGCGGGGACCUGAGUGGGUAUGAUUCUGAUCGCUCAUAUCCACUACCCAAAGUUGCUGAGGGAACAUAUCAGAGCUUGGACCCUGUACAGCCACCUAUUGCCCCUCCUUACAAGAGAGCCCUCGAGUUGAAAAAGGCCUCCACUCAGGGAAUCCGACAACUUGAAAAUCUCUCCUUGGAUUCUUGAUGAUACGCCGGGCACUGCUUAAUCAUAAUGCCGUUUGGAAUCUUUAUUCUUUUCCUCCUGCCAUGAUAUGAUUAGUGGAUUGAAAAUUAUGAGUUACCUUGCGUCGUUGUUGCCUUACCUGCUGGUGAUCUUUUUCGUCACCAUUUUAAAAGAAUACACAUUCUUCAGAGAUGACAGUCCAAGCUUGUAACUGUUCACUGGUUUUAGUCUAAAACUUUUCUUUUUUGGCAAAUAA